GCGGAUCAUUGUGCCCAAUGUUUCUCCACAGAGCUGACUUGAACCUUUCUCCUCGAACAAAACGGUUCCCACUGAGAUAGCUGAGAGUCGGUUCUCGUCUCCCAGAGAGGAGCUGGAGGUUGGCUGGGGGAACAUAAUAAUGAUCAACACAAUGGAAUGCGCAGUAGACGCGCAAAGUCUGAUCUCCAUUUCCUUAAAGAAGAUCCACAACUCCAGGACGCAGAGAGGGGGCAUCAAGCUGCACAAAAACCUGCUGGUCUCCUAUGUUCUGAGGAACGCCAGGCAGGUCUACAUCAAGGAGAAAUACGCGGAGAUCUAUAGGAUGCAGCAGUACGAGGAGGUGAUGACGGUCUGCAAUGAGAUCCAGGAGCUCAACCCGCUGGAUCUGGACUCAGAGGACGCCGACGAUGAGGGGCACGCGCAGGCUGCUUGCUGCGGCGAAGAGGGGAGUCUUUGCGGCUCUGCGUGCCACCGAGACGCGGCGCAGUCAGCGGCGCACGCCCGGACAGCGAGCGCUCUCCACGGCUGCUCUCCCCUCGAGGACGACAGCAAGGAACCGGAACCCUCCUACUACCGAAGCUGCUGCAUGGAGGCUUCCCCCGUGCCACCCCGUGACCAGUUUCUUGCAAACAGCAGCGCGCACUGCAACAAAACCACAGUGCUGGAUUUGGACACGCAUGUGGUGACCACGGUGGAGAACGGCUACCUCCACCAGGACUGCUGUUGUGACGCGCCCCAGUGCAGCCAGGGCGCGCAGUCCCCGGCCAAGAAACGGAAGGUUGAGUUCGGUUGUUGUAUAUCCGACGUUGAAGAAAUAUCGGAUUUUACAGCGGCUCGCAAAAGGGCGAAACGCGAGGACUGUUCCUUCUCCGGCCUGGACUACACGGACACGUCCAACAUCUCCAACCUGAUCUCCAUCUUCGGCUCGGGGUUUUCAGGGCUGCUGAGCAGACAGGCGGACUUGGAACAGAUCUGUAGCAAGCAGGUCCUGGCCAGUCUGGGAGCAUGGACCCGGGCGAUUGUGGCUUUUUGAAUAGAACACUUUAUUGUAGGGGGGACCGGGGUCAGUUGUAACAUGUUUUUCCACAAAGUGUUACUAAACAAAAUCCAGUUGAGAACUAUUUUCUACUGCCGGUUUAAUUGGGCACUCAGGAGAAUGGUCCUGUUAGCAAAGAAACGUUUCCAUACUGUUCUCCUAGAAGGUUUACAUCUACAACAACUUCAUGUUGAAAAAGAUGUAAUUUGUGGAACCUUAAAGGACCCUUCAGCAAAUGUUAUGUGGAGACAUUUCUCAAAUGACCACACAAAAAUUAGUAAACGUUCCAUGACAGAACAUUUUCUGAAAUCUUCUGGGAAUGUUUAUAGGACAGGUAAAUCAAACCAAAACGUUCUCUGAAGGUUACAGAAAAUAAAUGGGAACCUUAGGGGAACGUUACCCAUUCACUGGGAAAACUCAGUUUCCGCAGUUCCACAUCCUGUCUAUGUGUUCUUUGUGGUACUAUCAUAACUUCAUUUUUGAACAUUACAAAUUCUGAACAUUAGCUAAAUCAGUAUUAGCAUGUGUUACAAGUGACCCCACAGUGUCAGCCAUAGUAAGAUGCCAUGUGCUAAAAUUACAACUCUGACAUUAGCCAACCUCGGUACAGAGUCAAAAUAUACAGCAGAUAAAAGUAUCAAGAAUUAUACCUCAAAGCACAGCUUUGUCUUAAAAAUCAAUAACAUAUGUGAGUGCGGUUCAUUGGUGUGCACUGGGUGACAUCACUCACAUGUGUUUCUGAUUGGAGGCGUUACAAUGGAACCCGGUCUCCCCUACAAGGUCUAAAUCAACUUUAUUUUUGUAGGAAAAAGAAAAGUUAUUUAAAAAUUGGAGCAUUUUAAUGACAGUAGUUUUGGCUGGGAGAGGAAAGAGUUUGUGCCAUAUGUAUGAUGUACAGGCUCCUGUUUUCAGAAUAGGAGAUACAUGUCUACAGAAUACUACACUUUUGUGACUGAUGAAAUGGAUUGACUUCCUUUGCCUUAAAUCCAAUGCACACACUGCUAGCUAUUGUUAUAAAUUGAAAGUUACUGAAUGUCUCUCCUUGUCCCGGGCUGAGGAGCCUUUUGGGAAAAACAGCAUCUCCUGAAAUGGACCUUGCACAUUCUGAGCAGUUUGUUGUCAUGUGAAACACCACAUUCAAGACUCCCUCCUAGACACUUUUGAGGUACAUGGACUGAACCAGCUCAUAUCACUUAAUGGAGUGCCAACACUUAAAUUCUGUAACACUUUUUGGGCUAUUACUGUGGUCAUCACCUCACCUCCACUCCCGGUGUGUGAUAGUAAACAGUCCGGGUUAUUUUGGCAGUUUGAGAUCCUCUCCUAAUCAUGGUUGUUGCUCAAAGCCUUCACAGCAAUUCAUAAUUCCAAAAGGCCGUGGUUUUGUGAGUUUUACUUGUUUUGUAAAAGAAUGAUCUUAGUCCUUUUGUUUUAAAAAGGCAAACUCAUGAUUUAGCCAUAACCUGAGAAUCCACACAUUAGCUUUAUGAGCACUAUGUGUACCAAAAUAAAGAGAGUAUUCAGCCAUUCUCUACACAUUUUGUUGUUAUUCUUGUAUUUUUGUGCUUACUAAAUUGUAUAUCACCGGGUAAAACUGUUCCAGAAAAUAUUUGUUAAAAAUGUAUAAUCUUAAUAAAAAAUGAAAAUCUUAA